GGCUUCUCUGCAAGUUACUGAAGAACGAAGCAGCACCUCAGACGGGUGGAUCAAGGAAGUGCAACAGGAACAAGAGAAGAUGGCCGGACUGUGUGUUGUGAUCCAGAAAGCCUCCUCAGCACUGAUCUUUAAGAUCACUAUGGUGCUGAUUGUGACUCAACUUGCUCUGUGUCUCCCAGUACCAGCAGGUGGAAACGGACCUGUGCAGACGUUCUACUGCAAGCCUAAAGGAUGUGCUGAAAAUGUGACCCAAGUGUUUUGUGAGGACGAGCCCCUGUUGAAUUCCAGCAACAUCCCAAACUGCUCAGGCCCUCCACAACUCAACAGUGUCUGCCAACAUGAUGGCCGGGCAUUUGUUUCCACCUCUAUGAAUGGUGACUGUGACUUUGAAGCAGAUAAAGAAAUUCCAAAAGGAAAAUGUACAGACCACAACAGCAUUUGUCUUUUCAAUGAUCCCACAUCAUCACAACCAGUCAGCCCAGAUGGUCUGCAUGAGCCGGGAAAGAACCGCACAAGCUAUAUUGUCAUUGGAGUAGUAGUACCUGGUUUAGUACUGCUGCUAGUAGUCGCAGGUCUGUUUGCUUUUCUAUGUAAGAAGAGACGGACCAGACAGCCAGAUAAGCAGCUGCAACGUGACCAUCGUGAGACUGAAGCCUUAAACAUGCACCAAAGAUCUGGAGACGUCACUGAGAAAGCACCUCAAGCUGAUCCUGGAUUGGAUGAUGACACCGCUCCUUUUCAGCAUGAAAAAUAAUUAUGACAAAUGUGUCAUAGAAUAAUG